AUGAGGCUCCACAGACGAAAAGUGCUACACGUCCUUGUCUUGUUGUUCCUCCUUGUGACCGAACUGCGGGCAAGGGAAGGGCGGAAGAAGGGAGAGCGCAAAGGGAAGAAGAACAGCAGGUGUAAACGGUUCCACUACGUACAGACCAUCAGACAUCCCACACUGGACUGCGAGGUGCAGAAUGUCCUGAUGGCGAGAUGUGAGGGAGCGUGUCGCCGGUCCUCCAGAACUGAUCCCAUCAUAGAGUUCUCGCCCAUUCUCAGACAUCCGUUUCAGUAUAGGAGACAGAGCUGCCAAGCGAAGCUGUCCAAGCUCAAGGCGGUGAGAUUAAAGUGCACGGACGGAACCUUCGUCACCGCGUCAUACAGAUACAUCACCAAGUGCGCAUGCGCUGCCUGUCCGCCAGACUUUACGCUUCCGUGACGGGGAUUGUAAA